CACCGCCGUCCAUCCACCCCCACCCAAAAGCCACAGCCCACAUACACAGGGGAAGCUGCUAGCCGUCCACCUGCACGUACUCAGCUACCUGUGCUCAGUCAGCUCCGCAUUUCCUUCCCGCACCACCGGCAUGUCGUCGUCGUCGAGGGCGCGGCGGGGCGGGAGCCUGCAGUUCCCGGUGGGGCGGUCAUGGCGGCACGUGGCGGUGGUGGACGCCGGGUGCGGCUGCCGCCCGCGCCGCGCCACCACGAGGCUGCUCAGCCAGCUACCGUCCUUCCUCCGCCCGUCGACCAAGCCGCCGCAGCAGCCGCCGCGGAGCAGCUCACGCUCUUCCUCGGGCUUCUUCCCGUCCUCAGCCUCCACGGCGUCGUCCGCCGCCUCCGCCGCCACCUUCACCACCACCCACUCCUCUUACUCCAACUACUCCGCCUACUCCUCCUCCUACAACAACCAUCCCACCAUCCCCACCGCCGUCACCAAGCACCCGCCGGCCGCCAAGGCGGCGCCACCAGCGGCGACGAGCAGGCGGAGGCAGCAGCAGGGAAGCCACGCCGCCCACGGCCACCAGGGCGGCAGCAGGAGGAGGAAGAAGAGGUACGAGAAGAUGGCGGCGGCGGAAGCAGCAGCAGCGGGAGGCGAGGACGGCGACGGCGGCGUGGGCGUGGCGGUGGAGAAGGAGUCGUCGGACCCGCGCGCCGACUUCCGGGAGAGCAUGGUGCAGAUGGUCGUCGAGAUGGGGCUCUGCGGCUGGGACGACCUCCGCUGCAUGCUCCGCCGCCUGCUCGCGCUCAACGCGCCGCGCCAUCACGCCGCCAUCCUCGCCGCCUUCGCCGAGGUCUGCGCGCAGCUCACUGCGCCUCCACCGCCGCCACAGCCACAGCCGCAGCCGGCGCCGUACCAGUACCACGCCAACGACUACGACUACCAUUACCACUACUGACGACAUGCAUAUGCAUUGGGCUCGGCGUCGGCGAGCUCGUUCGUGCCGGUGUCUCUCUUCUGGUCCCGAGAUCCUGGCACCACCCGGCGAUGCGCUCAUGGUCGGCUUCACCUGCUGCAGGGGUCAUGUUCAGGUCGCUUGUCUCUGCCGCCGGGUGGUGAUAGGAUCUCGUGAAGGAGAGAUUAAACCACCGUAUUAUUAGCUUCAUUUACAGCGGAUUAGUAGUAUUUACGAGUACAAGCUCCUUUUGCUACCAGUACAAGGUGUCCACUGUCCAGCAGGUCCUUUGCUGUAGUGUAGUUUAGUGUGUGCUUUUGUCAGUUCAUCUUUUGUUGUUGGGUUUGUUUUGUGAUUUUCUUUGCGUUUUUGCUAGCUCUAAGCUAGGCUUGCUCAGUGUUACUAGCUCUGUUGCAGCAAGCAGCAUAUAGCAGUGUGUGUGUGUGUGUUCGGCUGGCCUUUUUGUUUUGGAUGAAGGUCGUCCCUGAAGAAGUAGCAGUGUGAGUGAUUUGAGGAGCGAGUUUGGUUUGUCUGUUAUGUGUGUAUGCAAUAACUAUGCUGCUAAUGAAGAUUUGCGAGGUGUUUCUGCUCA